GAAUGUGCAGGGCCACAAGCAUCUCACCUUUCACCCCCGGUGAAAUUCACCCCGGGUGAAAGGUGAGCGCGAAAGGGAAAGGCAGGCAGGAAGGCAGGCACAAGUGCGAGCGCGCGACCGUCUCUUUUUGCCCCUCGGGCCUACGAACUUUUCGGCUGCGGGGAGGGAGGCUUUCGCGCCGCCUCCGCAGUUCCCCCUCCACCCUCGUUCGGGAAGUGGACGGGCGUCGCGGGUAGGCUCCUAGCUGAGCAGGAAAUUGGCUGCCGCGGCUGGACGAUACUCGGUUGCAAAAAAUGGCGUACGAGCCGAGAGAAUCGCUGCUCACCCCGUCAGGAGGCGCGUGAGAAGACGAAGUUCAGAAGCCAUGUUAGAUCUUGGCGACUGGCUACUGUUCCUCCUCCUGUGGUGGCCGCUGCUUUCCGCGGCUGUCGAAGGAUCUUCUCUCUCCUUACCUGCACCACAGAAUUUGACAAUUAAAUCAUAUAAUUUUCAGAAUGUAUUGAGCUGGUCUCCAGUUAAGGGAAUCAGUGGUCCAGUGUUUUACAGUGUUCAGCGUCGCUUAAAAUCAGACCAAAUAUGGAAAAAAGUGAACUGCAGCGAUAUCACAAAGCCUGAAUGUGAUUUUGAUUAUAUCAAGGAUUUUUACAGAACUAUUUUACGUGUCAGAGCUGAACAAGGCAAAUUGAAAUCUGAAUGGACGGAAGCCCCAACUGGUCCUUAGCAGUUUUCAAAAGUAGCCAUUUUAGGACCUCCAAGAGCAAUAAAUGUAACUUCAGAAGCCAAUUCAAUUCUUAUAAGUUUCUUGCCUCCCUUUGACCAUAGAAGUAAUUUCUCUUCAUUUGAAUACAGAAUCUAUUGGGAGAAUUCAACAGAUAAACCACUAGUCAUCAUGAAUACUGUAUACAGGUCAAAGGAUCUAAAGGAAAGAACCAUGUAUUGCCUUAGGAUACAAGCAAAACUGAAAUCACUUGAAGGAGAAAAAAGUGAUAUUUAUUGUGCAAAGACUACAAUCACUGCAGGAACAAGAGUACUCUUUGCCGCAUUGAUAUUUGGAUUUGUGGCUUCUGUACUUAUUUUAAUAUUUUUACUGUUGAUGAGUAUUCGGAAGUAUCAAAGUAUAAUUAAAUCCUUUUGGCAACCUCCUCUAACAAUACCAUCACACUAUGAAGAGGACCUAAAUGACCCCCAAAUGAUGAUAAUUGAAGAAUUUCAGAACUGUGCAGAAGACCAUUGUGACAUUAUUUCGAUUAUCUCCAAAGUAGAAGAUGAUAAAAUUCUGACAAGUUUUGCCAGUGAACAGAGUUGACAGAUAUGAUGAAAAAUAUUUUGUCACUUGCAUCUUAUUCAUUACCAUCAAGUUGUUUUAGCAGCUUGUUUAAGACUAGUCAGUUUCUAAGGAAGUUCCACUCAUCCGUCUGUGCAGCACUGCAAAUUAAGAGACUGAUUUUAACAGCACAAUCACAUGCUUAUUCGUUUGGAAGAAAGUCCUAUUAUUUCAAUAGGGUAUACUCUGAAUAAAUGUGUUCAGAGUUCCAUUGUGAAUAUAUUAGGAGAACACAAAUCCUAUUGUCUCAUAUAUAUUUUCUAAUGAUUACACUUUUCCUUUUCACUAGGCAAUGUUGUCCUAGAACAAGGGUAGUUUACAACAGGAUUACCUCAUGGUAACUGCAAUAGACUAAACCAAGAUGAUGGAAAGUUGGUUCUGACAUGUAGUUUAGCUAGUGAAAUCUUUUGAAACUUCAGUGCUGUUAAAUACAUCAGAGCCACGUAACAGCAUGUUUGAUCAGGUUUUAAUUUACAGGCUUGAUGUUUGCAUUAUUAAAUCUUACUGAUUUGGGAGCAGUCUUGAGAAUAUAAAAUUGAAUCCUGUUGACUGCCGCUGGUGGAUGGAGAUUAGAAAGAUAUUACUGUGUUUUGAGUAAGUUUGGGCUCUUCUUGAAUAUGAUGGAAUCAGAAGGUCCUUCCUGCUUCACUUUUCUGCAUGAUGGAUGGAAGCUUCUAUGAGUUACAUCUGGUGGAUCAGCUGCAGCCUGUUUACUAAUUGGGAUCUUACUUCCAAUAUUCAUGAAACAUCAAUAGUUUAAAUUAUUGUAAUUUACUGUGACUUGGACUCUAUGAAUAUUUCAGUUGGUAUAGAUCCUAUCAAUUUUAACAGACUAGGCUAUGGUCCAGUUGUAUUUUUUUUUAAAUUCAGUUGGACUAGCUCUUGAAGAUGUUCUCAGCCUCCAGGUGUAUGCUAUCCAUGCUCUUCUUGCUGGUAAGCUUAUUUAAACAAUACCGUAUAUAGAAUUCCAGACAACUGUUUAAGUGCUGAGGUUACAUAGAAUUGCAGCAGGGUGAAUUCCUGUAUUUCUCUCUUCCAGAGAUCACUACAUAUUGCCCCUUCCUCUGCUUUCCUUCCUUCAUUAUAGCAAGAUCUGAGGUGUUCAACAGAACCUUGCUAUGGUACCCACUAUGGAAUUUAAAUGAUCCUUCACUUUGUAGUUUUCAUGACAGUUGCAUGUGCUUUUAGAAGAAACGUUCAGUUCUUGAGCAUUUUUUUAUACUAUUUUUGUACUGAAUUUGUGAUGUAUAUAUAUUGUUUAUAACAUCAAUUUCUAUCAGGAAGCAACUUGCAUUGUAUAAACCUGUGAAAAGGUACUGACUAUGUGCUGCUAUUUGGUUGUAAUGAGAAUCCAAUUUUAAUUCGGGCACCUGGCCUAAUAUUAAUUGUACUUUUUGCAAGAUGCAAUCUUGUUUAAGAUUAAAAUUGCUUAAAUUUCUUUAAAA